GACGCCGCCAGGGACGCGGAGCGCGGCCACCAGGAAGCGGGCGGGCCGCGCCGCGGUCCCUCGCCGGGUGCAGCCCGGGGCCGCCCUUCGCGCCGCAGCCCCGUCCGCCUCCGCCGGGCGCGGCCCCCCCGCCGCGGCGAGUGUCGCCCCGGCUCCCCGCCCAGCCACCCACCCCCUCCACCGCCUCCGCCUCCUCCCAGAGGCCCCCGGCCCCCUCCCCAGCCGCAGCCCCGGCCCUCCCGGCGGCACAGGCGGCAGCUCCCGGCACCCCCAGGUUUCAGAAGGAGUCAAGCAACAAAAUGAACAAUCCAGCUAUUAAGAGAAUAACAAAUGAAAUUAUCAAAUCACCUGAGGAUAAACGAGAAUAUCGUGGACUGGAAUUGGCAAAUGGCAUUAAAGCUCUUCUCAUUAGUGACCCCACCACAGAUAAGUCCUCAGCAGCACUUGAUGUCCACAUAGGAUCCUUGUCUGAUCCCCCCAACAUUGCUGGGCUUAGUCAUUUUUGUGAGCAUAUGUUGUUCCUGGGAACCAAGAAAUAUCCAAAAGAGAAUGAGUACAGCCAAUUUCUAAGUGAGCAUGCCGGGAGCUCAAAUGCUUUCACGAGUGGUGAACAUACCAACUAUUACUUUGAUGUGUCACAUGAACAUCUAGAAGGUGCACUGGACAGAUUUGCCCAGUUUUUUCUGUGCCCCCUGUUUGAUGAAAGUUGCAAAGAUAGGGAAGUGAAUGCUGUUGAUUCUGAGCAUGAGAAGAAUUUGAUGAAUGAUGCCUGGAGGUUGUUUCAAUUGGAGAAGGCUACUGGAAACCCCAACCAUCCCUUCAGUAAAUUUGGAACAGGGAACAAAUUCACUCUGGAAACUAGACCAACCCAAGAAGGAAUAGAUGUAAGGCAAGAGCUACUGAAGUUCCAUUCUACUUAUUAUUCAUCAAAUUUAAUGGCUAUUUGUGUCUUAGGAAGAGAAUCCUUGGAUGAGCUGACUUGCUUAGUGGUGAAGUUAUUUUCAGAAGUAGAGAAUAAAAAUGUCCCUAUACCAGAGUUUCCUGAACAUCCUUUCCAAGAGGAACAUCUCCGGCAACUUUAUAAAGUGGUACCCAUUAAGGACAUUAGAAAUCUUUAUGUCACAUUUCCUAUACCAGACCUUCAGAAAUACUAUAAAUCAAACCCUGGCCAUUACCUUGGCCACCUGAUUGGGCAUGAAGGCCCAGGGAGUCUUCUGUCAGAGCUUAAAGCCAAAGGGUGGGUGAAUACUCUUGUUGGAGGCCAGAAGGAAGGUGCUAGAGGUUUCAUGUUUUUCAUCAUUAAUGUGGACUUGACAGAAGAAGGACUUUUGCAUGUUGAAGAUAUUAUUUUGCACAUGUUUCAAUAUAUUCAAAAACUACGUAUAGAAGGACCUCAAGAAUGGGUUUUCCAAGAGUGCAAGGAUCUAAAUGCUGUGGCAUUCAGAUUUAAAGAUAAGGAACGACCACGAGGUUACACUUCAAAGCUUGGAGGAAUGUUGCAUUAUUACCCUAUAGAAGAAGUAUUGGCUGCUGAAUAUUUGCUUGAAGAAUUCAGGCCUGAUUUAAUAGAGAUGGUGCUGGAUAAAUUGAGACCAGAAAAUGUUCGAGUUGCAAUAGUUUCCAAGUCUUUUGAAGGAAAAACGGAUCGAACGGAAGAGUGGUAUGGAACACAGUACAAGCAAGAAGCAAUUUCUGAUGAAGUUAUUAAGAAAUGGCAAAAUGCUGACCUGAAUGGGAAAUUCAAGCUUCCAAUGAAGAAUGAGUUUAUUCCUACAAACUUUGAGAUUUUGCCAUUGGAAAAAGAUGCAACACAGUACCCUGCCCUUGUCAAGGACACUGCUAUGAGCAAACUAUGGUUCAAGCAAGAUGACAAAUUCUUUUUGCCAAAAGCUUGUCUCAACUUUGAAUUUUUCAGCCCAUUUGCUUACGUGGAUCCCUUGCAUUGUAACAUGGCCUAUUUGUACCUUGAACUACUCAAAGACUCCCUCAACGAGUAUGCAUAUGCAGCAGAACUAGCUGGCUUGAACUAUGAUCUCCAAAAUACCAUCUAUGGGAUGUAUCUCUCUGUAAAAGGUUAUAACGACAAGCAACAUAUCUUGCUCAAGAAGAUCAUUGAGAAAAUGGCUACUUUUGAGAUCGAUGAAAAGCGAUUUGAAAUUAUCAAGGAAGCGUACAUGAGAUCACUCAACAACUUCAGGGCUGAACAGCCUCACCAGCAUGCAAUGUAUUAUCUCCGACUCCUGAUGACUGAAGUUGCUUGGACCAAAGAUGAAUUAAAAGAAGCUCUAGAUGAUGUCACCCUUCCCCAUCUCAAGGCCUUCAUAGCACAGCUGUUGUCACGGUUACACAUUGAAGCUCUUCUCCAUGGCAAUAUAACAAAACAGGCUGCAUUAGGAAUUAUGCAGAUGGUUGAGGACACUCUCAUUGAGCAUGCUCAUACAAAGCCACUCCUUCCCAGUCAGCUAGUGAGGUACAGAGAAGUGCAGCUUCCUGACAGAGGUUGGUUUGUAUAUCAACAGAGAAAUGAGGUUCAUAACAACUGUGGCAUUGAAAUAUAUUACCAGACAGACAUGCAGAGUACUUCUGAGAAUAUGUUUUUGGAGCUCUUCUGCCAGAUUAUCUCGGAGCCGUGCUUCAACACGCUGCGCACGCAGGAGCAGCUGGGUUACAUUGUGUUCAGUGGCCCACGCCGGGCAAAUGGCAUCCAAGGACUGCGAUUUAUUAUCCAAUCUGAAAAGCCACCACACUAUUUAGAGAGCAGAGUGGAAGCAUUCUUAAAAACGAUGGAGAAAUGCAUAGAAGACAUGACAGAAGAGGCCUUCCAAAAACACAUCCAAGCUUUAGCAAUUCGUCGUCUAGACAAACCAAAGAAGCUGUCUGCAGAAUGUGCUAAAUACUGGGGGGAAAUCAUUUCCCAGCAGUAUAACUUUGACAGAGAUAACAUUGAAGUGGCUUAUCUAAAGACCCUGACCAAGGAUGACAUUAUACAGUUCUACAAGGUGCUGUUGGCAAUAGAUGCUCCCAGAAGACACAAGGUAUCAGUACAUGUCCUUGCAAGGGAAAUGGAUUCCUGCCCUGUUGUUGGAGAAUUUCCAUGCCAAAAUGAUGUGAACCUGGCACCAGCACCACCACUACCACAGCCAAGUGUGAUUGAAAACAUGACAGAAUUCAAGCGCAGUCUGCCGCUGUUCCCACUGGUGAAACCACAUAUCAAUUUCAUGGCUGCAAAACUGUGAAGAACCCCAAUGGAUGAAGAAAUGCAAAUGAUCAGUACUGACAUGGUUUCAGGGGACUUCGUGAUGAACAAAAUUAUUAAAGAUCAUUGGGAUAAAUGGUUCUGUUCAUUAUGAAAGUCCCAAAUUCCUUCUUGGUUCAUUUGACAUUAACUGUGUGUUAGGGAUAGAGGGUAUAUAAAAAUCAGUUGUGGUCAUGUCUCAUUUAUAUUACAGACAACCUGUUAAAAACCAAAAUCAACUGAAACAACAAUAAUAAUUAAAAUCUUGUAGAUGCAGUAUAUUUUUAAAAUAACAUAUCCCUUCAGAAUUUCAUUUUGAUGAAAUAACCCUCCAGAGCCAACGAAGUUGCUUGAAAUAUGCUUGUUACUCCUGAAAAACACUGUUUAUAGUAUCCCAAUAAUUAUCUUAUUGGGAUUUGGAGGGGGUGAGAUAAGUAAGUCCUUUUUGGGAUGGGGUCAAUAAUUUUUCUUAAAAACGGAGACUUUCACAUUUUUUUGAAGUGAUGUGUUGAAUGAUACUUUUUUAAUUGAUCCUUAAUGCAACCAACAUCUUUUCUAUUUAAGUUUUAUGAAGACCAGUGGGGCUGAAAAAAAGGAAAUUUGACAACACAGUAAUAGGUGAGAGAAUUGUCUUAAUGAGAAUAAUUGAAGAUAAGGGCAUGAUUUUAAUCUUUCUAUACAAAUUUGGGGACAUUUUCUAUUAAAACUAGUAAAAUGCUGGAAACACUUUAUUAGUGCAUCUUAUUUUUGUUACCAAAAGUGUUGUCCCAGUCUCUUGAUACUGUCAACAUCCUGUUCAGUUUUACAUCAUUACUGUGAACUGUCCAUCUGGUAUCUCAAAUACUUUCUUUGGUGUCAUUUUUUGUUUUCAGUUGCAUAUGUGCUGACGGAGAACUCAGUCUGUUUUGCCUCACUUGUUAUGUUGGAUCUCAAUCCAGCAAAGCACUCACUAGUGCAAAUAAAUUUAAACACACACAAGUUCUUAAUUCAAGAACAGGUGCGUGUCAAAUAGGGGCUCUCUAAUGAGUGAGAUACAUAAUUAUUUUGAUAUGUAUAUGGGUGCUUCGUGUCCUCCAGGAAGGCGUUUGGGACCGUGCAGUGCUGGGGUAGCAGUGCUGCAGCACAGCCUGUGCUUCAGGUUACAUCACAAAGGCUUUGCUCCUGCUUCUGCCAAGAGGGCAGAACUCAGAAGGAUCAAGAACUAUGCUGAAAUAAUGUUUAUAUAUAUAGAUAUAUAUAGAUAUAUUCCAUAAUGUAGUAAAAUGAUAAAACAAUAUAAGGUGUCUCAGCAACUAUACUGACUUCUGCAGAGUGGUCUUGUGCUGGGAACAGCACCCAAAUAGGAAAGGGCAAGGAGCAUGAAGUUCUCCUGCCUCUGUAAUACAUAAGAGAGAUGGCAUUUAUUCUGACAGGAGAGAGUAUGUAGAGCACUGAAGGUGUCAAAUCUGCUCAUCAGAGGGGUUAGUGAGAAUUUGCUUCUUACUAAAAGAGCCUGAAAGUAAUGUCCUGAUGUGACAGGCCUGUGUGUCAAACAUCAGAAUCCUGGUGUAGUCAGUAGGGCUGUUCUGUGAUGGAAUCAAUGUUGGUUCUUACAUUGGCUCUGAGGCCAAAUUAAAUGAAUGCUUGACAGGGAAAGGGCCUUAAGUUGGAUUUGAGAGUGUCUUCUAACUGAAUAAAUAUGGUGCAUUUAAAAGUUGUUUCAAAGGUUAAAGGUACAUGCUACAGUAUCUUUUUAACAAAUUGGGUGAGAGUUUGUGAUGUAACCUGUUGCAAAGGAAGGCCUGAUGAAGAGAAAAAAAAUAAAUACAGUCUAAACAAAACCAGUAAAGAUGUCUCCGCUCACAUUUUUCAUGGAUCCUUCUCAUGAGGCUUUUUGCCCUCUUGCAUUUCACUUUUGUUUAUAGUUUUCCUUUAGUAUUUGUAUUAUAUAUAUUAAAAGUUUUGACAACAUAUUAUAAAAAUAUAUAUUUUGGGAUUUAAUAUUUAAACAUACCACUCUUAUGGUGAAUAUAAUGAAAUGGCUCCUAUUGUGUGUAAAAAUAAAUAUAGAUAUAUAUAUUCAUGGAAGUACUAUCAACUCUAAACAGAUUAUAUAAAUAAAUUGGAAUAGUAGGGUAACACAACUAACACAAGCUCACAAAUCAUGUUUUCCAGAGGAAAAAAUGUAUACCCUCAAAGUUCUGUGACUGGAUGUGGAAACCCAUGUAGUUUUCCAACAACUCUUAAUUGCUUUUAAGUGUUCUCCAGCAUUUUACAGUUUCUGAGUUUGAUAUAGCAGUAAAUUUUGAUAAACUCAGGCAUACUAAUGGGUCCAUUUUAAUGGAUCCAAAGCUGCAGUGUCUACAAGCAAUAAAGAACUACCUAGAAUACACUGUAAUUCAAUUUUAGUGCUUGUUAAUUAGUUUAUGUAAGAAACCAUAAAUUAUUAUUACAUAACUGUAAUUUUUGCAAGUGCUAUUUUAAGCAGUUGAUGUGGAAUUGGGUGCAUGUGACACAGCCAGUAUGACAGAGUGCUAGAGUUAUUCUGUUUACAAUAAACAAUCUGAAUUUAA